AUGUUGGAUAUCAAUCUAUUUCGAGAAGAGAAGGGGAACAACCCGGAGAUCAUCCGGGAAUCUCAGCGCCGGAGAUUUGCCAGCGUUGAGGUCGUUGAUGAGAUUAUCAAGCUCGACAAAGAAUGGCGUCAACGUCAAUUUGAAGUUGAUAGUUUCCGAAAGGAGUUCAACAAGCUGAACAAGCAAGUGGCCAAGCUCAAAAUUUCUGGUGCUGAUGCGACUGAGCUGAUCCAGCAAACAGAGAAAAACAAAAAAGAUUCUACCGAGAAAGAGGCCGAAGUUCGUGAAGCUUAUGAUGCUUUACAUGCCAAAUUGGGGACAGUUGGAAAUCUCGUCCAUGACUCAGUUCCAAUUGAUAACGAUGAGGCAAAUAAUACUGUGACUAAAACUUGGGGUGAUAGGCGGGAUGGUUCGCCUUCUCAGAAGCUGAAAAACCAUGUGGAUCUCGUUGAGCUUCUCGAUAUCGCAGAUCUCAAGAGAGGUGCUGAAAUUGCUGGAGGAAGAGGCUUUUUCCUGAAAGGAGAUGGUGUGCUCCUUAACCAAGCUCUUAUCAACUUUGGGCUAACCUUCUUGAAGAAGCGAGGAUUCACAGCAUUGCAACCUCCUUUUUUCAUGAGGAAGGAUGUCAUGGCCAAGUGCGCACAGUUGGCACAGUUUGAUGAAGAACUCUAUAAGGUGACUGGUGAAGGAGAUGACAAAUACCUUAUUGCAACUGCGGAGCAACCUCUUUGUGCAUACCAUCUUGAGGAGUGGAUCCAUCCCAGUGAGCUUCCCAUAAGGCAUUUUAUCGACAUCAUAUUAUUUAUAUUGUCCAGAUAUGCCGGUUACUCGUCCUGCUUUAGAAAAGAAGCUGGUUCCCACGGAAGAGAUACACUUGGCAUUUUCCGUGUUCACCAGUUUGAGAAAAUUGAGCAGUUUUGCAUCACCGGUCCUAACGAGAAUGAUUCGUGGGCAAUGCUCGAUGAGAUGAUGAAGAACUCGGAAGAUUUUUACCAAGCGCUAAAACUUCCAUACCAAAUCGUCUCGAUCGUCUCGGGAGCAUUGAACGAUGCAGCAGCAAAAAAGUUUGACUUGGAAGCUUGGUUUCCUGCGUCGGGGACGUACAGAGAGCUCGUGUCCUGUUCCAACUGUACAGACUAUCAGGCUCGGAGGCUUGGGAUCAGAUACGGUCAGAAAAAGAGCAAUGAGCAGGCGAAGCAGUAUGUGCAUAUGCUGAAUUCGACUCUUACGGCGACUGAGAGGACCAUUUGCUGCAUUCUCGAGAACUACCAGCGAGAGGAUGGUGUGGAGAUCCCUGAGGUUUUACAGCCAUUUAUGGGCGGAGAGACGUUUUUGCCCUUCAAAGCUAAGCCCGUAGCUACCGAGACCAAAGGCAAAAAGUCUAAUAAAGCUUGA